GGGGAGCAUUGAGGGCUUUAUGUGAAGCCUGACUGGUCCAUGAGUCAGGUGGACCCAUGCAGACACGUCUAACGAUAGAUCUGUCGAUCAACUCAUGGGCGCAUGCAGGCUCCUUUCGCGUGGUGCUCUAGUUCUUGAUGAGCAUGUAGAGGAUGUGGUCGGCUUGCCGCACUUGCCAAUCCAUCUGGUGCACUGGCAGCAGGGCUGCACACAACACACACAACACAUGACAUCACAUGCACACCGACAGACGAGUACACAGAGAGUGGGUGGAUGUGUGUGUGUUGGUUACCGUCGAGCAUUUGGAUGAUGCCUGUCAUGACCUGCUGCCCCUCGUGCCAAUUCUUCUGGAACUCACGCGCACCCUCUGCACGCACACACGCACACACACAUGACUUGGAUUCUGACCCGACCCACCCCUCCCACCGGCCGACCAGGGUCAUCAGGUGACAGUUCCUGUGCCUCGAGUGCCAGCCCCGCGUGUAUCCUCUUGACCUCAUCCGCCAGCUGGCUGAGGUCCUCCAUGCUGAGCGUGUCGGUGCCCUCGUACGCCUUGCGGAUGGCAGACAUCUUCUCCUCAAACUCUUCAACUAAUGGGCCAAUGCGAUAGAUGGCAUACGUGGCAGAUGUGUGUCUGUGUGUGUUAUACGGUUGGAGUACGGUCCACUUUUCCUUCCCAUUGGUCCCUCCUCGCUGAGCGGAAUGACCUCGAGCGUCCAAUCCAGCGUCUUGGGAAAGGGCCUCUGGUAGCAAAGACACACACACAGACAAUCGCCGUGUAAACAGAGGCAGGAGAGAUACUUGUAGAGUAGAUCGACCGCACCUUGAGGCCAGAUGCGUCGAGGUCGAUGUUGGAGGGUCUGAGGACGGGCAGGCGGCGUGAUGGCCUGCCGUGGCUUACCGCCACGUAUCGACCGCCAGGCCUGUCGACUCACACAGAUGGCCGGUGGGCGUCCCACUUGCUUCCCUUCCAGUAGUGGUCUCUCUUGUCGCUGGCUCACUUGAGUAUUCUGUGCAUCUCCUCGACGUAUUGGCUGCCCUGCCACCCCCAAGUCACGCUGCCCUCACCGCGGCACUAAUGACCACACACACGUAGAGAGAGAGACGGAUUAAUUAAGGGGAUCUGACUGGGGAUCUGACUGUGGCAUUUAUUCACCCUUCACCGACCAUGAUGGCGUCCAGCGUGCCCUUGUCUAUGACGACAUCGAAAUGGUCGCUCGGAAGCCCCGUCCGAAGACCGUCGCCAACCACCCCUAAACACACACAUACGCACGUGCACACACGCGCCGAACAGCGUGACUUUCGUGUGUGUGCCUUCUCACACUCGAGCGUUGGGUGCCUUUCUUUUUGCAUCUCUAUGGCGGCUGGCGAUAUGUCCAUGUUGGUCACGCGCCGAAAGCCCUCUCCGGCCAGACAGACGCCCAUAUCUGAAUGAGUGAAUCAUGAGCGCAGACCAGACACGACACACAGAGAAGCACAACACACGAUAUGCUAUGCUAUGCACUGGGUUGGUUGAUGCUGCUGCUGCAUCCAUCGAAUCGACGGAUGGGAUGCGUGGGCCUUCCUCACCUGAUUGACCGCACCCGACGUGAAGAAUGCGGUCUUCACUCGACAUGUACCGCACCAACAGGCCCUGGCAUGGCAGUCGCCCAGCACACAGAGAGGGGAAGAAAGAACGAGCCAUAGAUGCUCCCGUGUAUCGACGCACAGCACACGUAAGAUGAUGCGUGAGAGGUGCUGUGAUUUACCUGUAGGUCCUCCCACGACCUCAGCCACUCAUGGUUGCCGCUCUCCUCUCCACUCGCAGACGACAAACUGAACAAAACAACCAUCCACACAGGCAGUUCGCGACGGCCUCUCCGUCGGGAGAUGAACAGUAUGCUCACCUCUGGUACCUUCUGUCCCAGUAGUUGCCCUCUCCCAGGGCCUCCUCGACAGCCAGUGACGCGUUCAGCAGGGGAUCCAGACCCACCAUGAUAGCCCGCUCCUCAUCCACACUCCCUGUGACCUUUCUGUCCAUCAUGUCGAUGACGGCACUGGGCGGCUCGCUGACUGCGCUGCUGCGAAGGGAUGAUCGGGGAGGAAUGCGGCGAGUGAGGCGCUGACAGACACAGCGAGGGGGAGCGGGGAUGAACGUGCUGUGUGCUGAGAGCGGGCUGUGCGAAGCACGAGGAUCUGCCGAGCAAAACACAGUCACAGGGCCAUGUGUUCAUUGUCCGCUUGAUGCACUCAUCCUGUGUGGAUGGAUCUGUGAGUUGUGUGUGCAGAUCUACUCACCUGAGUGUCGGAGUGCCCAUGACGUUGCGGCGGGCACCACCGCUGCGACUACACGCCACCAUCGCCGCUUCCCUGACAGCCUCCUUUCGCUGUUCUGCAUCAUUCAAUA